AUGACAACUGGUAGUGCACAUUAUUUAUUUAAUAAUGAAACAGUAAGUACACAAAUUUUUUAUGAUUGGACUCGACCAGCACAAGUUAUGAAUAUGAUGAGAGAAGAUUCCUAUACAUAUACCAUAAUGCAUAAUGGAACCACUGUUUGGCAAUUAGAACGUGCAAAUCGAACAUGUUGUAUUGAUCCGUUACUAACAGGUGUAACACCACCAAGACCUGAUUGGUUAGAAAUUGGUAAUGAAACUAUAUAUAAUGGAAUUGUGACGGUCAUGGAACACGCAUGUCGUUCAUGGACAAAAUAUGUACCGGAUAUCGCAUCAUUCUCAUGGUUAACAUCAGUCGAAACUGGUAUUCCAUGUCGAUUUGAAUGGUUAUAUGCUAUGCAAGUUGAUUUUGCAUAUUAUUCUGAAAAUCGUGAUUUAUUACCAAAAGGCAUUUUUGAUGUACCUGAUUAUUGUCCACAUGUAGUAACAGACCCAAAAUGUAGUAUUAUGCAUUUUUAA